CGAAGACAUAGCACGACUCACCGUCAAGCCUCAAAAAUCAAGUCAAGUUCGUCGCUAACGCUCGCAAAAUGGUCAACAUCCCCAAGACUCGACGGACCUACUGCAAGGGCAAGCAGUGCAGAAAGCACACCCCCCACAAAGUGACGCAGUACAAGAAGGGCAAGGACUCAUUGGCGGCCCAGGGAAAGCGUCGUUACGACCGUAAGCAGUCCGGUUAUGGUGGUCAGACCAAGCCCGUCUUCCACAAGAAGGCAAAGACGACCAAGAAGGUCGUGCUCCGAUUGGAGUGCACUGUGUGCAAAUACAAGAUGCAACUUUCAUUGAAGCGAUGCAAGCACUUCGAGCUUGGUGGUGAGAAGAAGACGAAGGGUGCUGCCCUCACUUUCGUAUGUUGCUUCCGCUUUUCGAAUGUCACAUUGGUACUGAACUUUUGCUCUUCUAGUGAUCGUCUCGCUACUUGUUCCUUCGCUAUCUCACGUUCUACCAUGUCUUCCGUACCUCUUCGCAUUCGCUAUGUAAUAUGCAAUAAGUUCCGGGCAUGUGCAUUUACACGAAAACCAGAUACUAUGCUUGCUUGUGCUUUCGAUGAGGUUUUCCGACUGCAUUUUCACGUGUACAACAGGAUGGCGCGGCAAUAAUCAAUGAGGUUGGAUAUGCUUGUAAGAGUAUAUAGGUAUUAGGUAUAACAUAUGCGAAAUGCGAUACUAUGGCACUAUGCU